AUGUCUUCAUCACAACGGAGAGCACACAGUAUGCGGAUCCCGCCGUUCUUCCGGAGGCUCUUCAAGUUCACAUCUAUGGACUUUGAAACAGCAGUAUGGGAAAUGACGCAUUUGAUCAUUGCUCCGAAGAAAGUCUUCAGGAACAUCUACUACCAUAAACAAACGAAGAACACAUACCACCGAGCAGAUCCAGCUUUCUCAUAUCUAAUGUCCCUCUUCCUACUUUUGACUGGACUAGCAUGGGGAUUGGCGUACGCAGAUGGCUUCAGCAGAACGAUACGAGUGGCCCUCGUCUUCGUGCUCGGGCACUUUCUGGCCGUGUCAUUGCUAAUAGCCACGGCGAUGUUCUUCUUGGUAGGCAGAGUGCUGGGCAAGCGGAGGCAGGGACUGUUCGGACCGCCUGUUGGAGGAGAAGAAGGGCUGGAAUUUGGGUAUUGCUUCGAUGUGAGGUUUGACCUGAGCACCAACGUUGCGAUACGAGCAUUCCUACCCGUCUGGGUCUUCCUCUACGUGCUACAGUUCAUCCUCAUGCCGCUCAUCGCGCAGGAUUACUGGGUCUCAAACCUAUUCGGGAACACGAUGUACCUCUUGGCAUUGAGCUACUACUUCGUGAUUACAUUCCUGGGCUACAAUGCACUACCCUUCCUCAGCAGAACAGAGAUCCUGCUCGCACCCAUACCAGUCCUGGUGAUACUGUGGCUCAUCAGCCUCUUCACCUUUGACUGUGCAACGAAUCUAGCACCGGUACUAUGGUGUGGUGUGAGCUUACGGAAGCCAGUGUAG